ACCUGAUUGGCUCACGUGGCGCAUUCCGAUUGGUGGGAGCAAAAUCCCCUAACCACCACUGAUAUGAUCCAAUCUCAAAGAUUUGGGUCAAAUAUAGCACACUGGUUUACAAAACUCCCUUCUUUUAAUUCAGCAUACCCUCUACUUUAUUUUUUUGACAAAACAAGGAUGCCGCUAAGAAUAAUUCUAAAAUUACACACUUUUUUUUUUAUUAUUAUUAUUUUCUUUUUUAAUCCCUCUUCUCACAUAUUAUUAUUAACUAGAUAAUGUCCGGAUCAUGCUCGAUUUUUAAAAUAAUUAUGGGGUUUGGAACUUUCAUAUUUUUGAAUACAUAUUACUCCGUAUUUCUUAAUUUGGCAACACUCGAAAAAAAAAUAAAAAAAAUCGAAUUCUAAAUACUUCAAUAAUGUGGAAAUGCAAUCGCACCCAAGGUUUCAUAUCCAAAUGUGGCAGAGCUUUUCGAUGGUCUUGGUAUCGAGGUGGAAGCCUCUGAAAUGUCAUUUUCUGUGAGCUCAGAUGAAGGCCAAGGAUGUGAGUGGGGAAGCCGAAAUGGGCUGAGAAGUUAUCUUGCACAGUUAAGUAAUGCAGUGAAGCCAAAAUUUUGGAAAAUGCUCCAAGAAAUUAAGAAAUUCAAAGAUGAUGUGAUCAUGUACCUUGAAGUUCUUGAAAAUAAUCCAGAAAUGGAUUGUACUGAAACCCUUGGCCAUUUCAUCAAGUCGAGGAGCUACUCUGAGUUGUUCCAAAAAGCUUAUCUGAUUCCCGUGUGUGCUUCCAUCUGGUCUUGUACAUCAGAGAGAGUGAUGGGUUUCUCUGCCUUUCGGUCCUUUCCUUUUGUCGCAACCAUCACUUACUUCAGUUAUCUGGCGGCCCACAAUGGCUUACUAUGAGAGGACGCUCACAGCAAUUUGUGAAUAAGCUAAGAGAGGAGCUGGAAAUUAGGGGAACUCAAAUAAGAACCAGUUGUGAAGUGCAGUUUGUUUCAACAAGUGAUAAAGGGUGUACUUUGUUCUGUGAGGAUGGUUCAAAAGAUUUAUAUGAUGGAUGCAUUAUAGCUGUUCCUGCUCCUGAUGCCAUAAAGAUGUUAGGAAAAGAGGUGACACAUGACGAAAUGAGAAUACUCGGUGCUUUUCAAUAUGUUUACAGUGAUGUAUACCUUCAUCAGGACAAAAAAUUCAUGCCCCGAAAUCCAGCAGCAUGGAGUGCACUAAAUUUUCAGGGGAGCACAUUGACAUACUGGCUUAAUGUGCUGCAGAAUAUUUCUGAGACAAAUCCACCUUUUCUUCUGACUUACAAUCCACCUCAUCCGCCAGAAAAUAUUCUGCUUAAGAGCUCCAGUGGUUUUCUUGUACCUUCUGUUGGUACAAUGAAGGCCUCAAUUGAGCUUGAUAAUAUUCAAGGAAAGCGAGGAAUUUGGUUCUGCGGAGCAUCUCAUGGCUGCGAUUUCCACGAGGAUGGAUUGAAGGCUGGGUUAAUUGCUGCCAAUGCUGUUCUUAAAAGGAACUACACUCCAGUUGCAAACCCCAAAAACAUGGUGUUUUCUUGGACAGAAGCUAUAGCCCGCAGUUAUAUAUCCAGAUUCCUACAGCGUUUUAUCAAUGCUGGCUGUUUAAUUCUGUUGGAGGAUGGAGGCACCGUUCUGAAAUUUGAGGGUUUGGACAAAAGAUGUACUUGGAAAACUGCAAUAAGAGUGCACAGCCCCCAGUUUUACCAGAAGGUUGCCAUAGAGGCUGACUUGGGUCUGGCAGAUGCAUUCAUUAAUGGAGACAUCUCGAUUGUUGACCAAAAUGAAGGUCUCCUGAAUCUUUUCAGGAUCUUUCUUGCCAAACUAUAUCUAUAUGCUCCUGCGUCAAAGGAUGAGAAAAAUAGCCUUGAUUUCAAGGGUUGGUGGACACCAAUGUUUUUUACAGCUGGGAUCGCCUCUGCAAAAUAUUUCUACCAGCAUUUAUCCAGACAAAACUCGGUUACUCUAGCUCGUAGUAAUAUUGCUCGCCAUUAUGAUUUGAAUAAUGACAUGUUUUCCCUCUUUCUGGAUGACACAAUGACGUAUUCUUGUGCUAUCUUCAAGUCAGAAAAUGAAGACUUAAAGGUUGCACAACUUAGAAAACUCCACCUUCUGAUCGAAAAGGCUAGAGUAGAGAAACACCAUGAGGUACUUGACAUUGGUUGUGGUUGGGGUAGCCUUGCUAUUGAAAUUGUGAAGAAAACUGGAUGCCGAUACACAGGCAUCACUCUAGCUGAGGAGCAACUGAAACUAGCAGAACAAAGGGUGAAGGAGGCUGGCUUAGAGGAUCACAUAAGGCUUCUUCUCUGUGAUUAUCGUCAGUUGCCAGCCUCCCACAAAUUUGACAGAAUAAUAUCUUGUGGGAUGCUAGAACAUGUAGGAGAUAAAUACUAUGAGGAUUUUUUCCGGCAUUGUGAAUCCCUUUUGGCAGAUAACGGGCUUCUUGUCCUUCAGACCAUAUCUAUACCAGAUGAAAGAUAUGAUGGGCACAAAAGAAGCUCGGAUUUCAUGAAAGAAUACAUUUUCCCAGGAGGAUGCCUUCCUUCUCUGAGCCGAUUAACAUCAGCAAUGAUUGCUACAUCUAGACUUUGCGUGGAACAUGUGGAGAAUAUUGGGGUGCAUUAUGGACAAACAUUAAGAUGCUGGAGGAAAAAUUUUCUUGAAAAUCAGAGCAAAAUCCGUUCACUUGGAUUUGAUGAGAAGUUCAUUCGAGCAUGGGAAUACUAUUUUGACUAUAUGGCAUCCAUGUUUAAGACCCGAACUCUUGGGGAUUACCAGAUUGUUUUCUCUCGCCAAGGAAAUCUUGUUGCGUUCAGUGAUCCUUAUGCGAGCAUACCCUCCUCUCAUUCUUUUCCGUAGAAACACUUACUGGUGAACUUGUCUUCUUUGGUCCAGGAUUAUUCGAAAGUUAUUGGUGAAUUGAUGCAGUCAGAUACUCAGAUUUUAUGUUGAUUCUUUCCUUUGUAUGAGUGUUUGGGUGCUUUGAAACCUGCAGCGCAGUGGUUGUUUUAUCUUGAAUUUGAGGGUUUGUAUAACUUUACUAAUCCCCUUAGUUAAUUUACGGAUUCCCCUUUAGCCCUAGUCUGUUUGUCUAGUGCUUCGAAACAUUCAGCAUUACUUCUUAUAAUGAUUUUAGUCUUUUUACUUU